AUGGAACCAAGGAACAAUUUAUCUUACUUUGUCCUCUCAGGCCUCAAAAAGAAUCCAAAGGAGCAAAAAGUCCUUUUUGUCAUGUUCCUGGUCUUUUGCAUUUUGAUUGUACUGGGCAACUUUCUCAUUAUCAUUACUGUAACUGUCAGUAAGACUCUGAACUCACCAGUGUACUUUUUUCUUGCUAGCUUAGCGUUUAUGGAUGUCACUUCUUCUUCUACUACCUGCAGAUUGAUUUCAGACUUUUUCUUUGUGUGGGGGUGGAGGGACAUAUCUUUUGAAUCUUGCAUGACUCAGCUGUUUGCAGAGCACAUUUUUGCUGGAUCAGGGGUCUUCCUUCUGCUUGUGAUGGCCUAUGACUGCUAUGUGGCCAUAUGCAAGUCCUUGCAUUAUUUGGUGAUCAUGAGGCAAAAGGUGGGUGUUGUGCUGCUGGUGGUGUCCUGGGUUGGAGGCUGUCUACACUCAAUAAUUCAACUUUGCACCGUUUAUGGGCUGCCAUUCUGUGGUCCCAAUAUCACUGACCACUAUGUGUGUGACAUGUACCCCUUAUUGAAACUCAUCUGCACUGACACCUAUGUCAGUGACCUUCUAGUUGCAUUCAAUGGAGGACUGAUCUGCACUCUUGGGUUUUUGCUCUUACUCGUCUCCUAUAGAGUCAUUCUGCACUCUCUGAAGAACCUGAGUCAGGAAGGGAGGCAGAACGCCCUCCAGACAUGUGGUUCCCACAUCACGGUGGUUGUCUGCUUCUUUGUUUCCUGUAUUUUCAUGGCAGCAAGACCUGCUAAAACAUUCCCCAUUGAUAAACUAUUGAGUGUGUUUUAUACAAUCAUAACGCCCAUGCUGAACCCAUUAAUCUACAGUCUAAGAAGUUCUGAGUUGACUAAUGCUAUGAAGAUGCUCUGGAGAAGAAACAUUGUAUCUCAUAUUAAUUAA